AUCUUACUCUCUCUGAGAGAAUGCUUUAGCCAAGUAUAUGGGAUCCGAUUGAUAGUUGCUGUUACAGGAAAAAAGCAAGGCGGGGAAUUAUACUAAAGCUUUGCUUGACUCAAUCUCUACCAAUUUGUAAGAACAAGGAUCCUGAGCUGAUCGUCAAUUUUUCACAAGCAAAGAGUUCACAAGAUACCAAUAGAGUCCAUAUGGAUACUGCGGCACAUGUUCCUCCUGGUUUUCGAUUCCAUCCAACAGACGAAGAGCUCGUCAAUUACUACCUUCGUAAGAAAAUUGCGUCAAGACGGAUUGAUCUGGAUGUCAUAAAGGAUGUUGAUCUAUAUAAAAUUGAGCCAUCGGAACUGCAAGAAAUUUGUAAGAUCGGAGAAGAAGAACAGCAUGAUUGGUAUUUCUUCAGUCAUAAAGAUAGAAAAUAUCCAACAGGAACUCGCACUAACAGAGCAACAACAACUGGAUUUUGGAAGGCCACUGGAAGGGAUAAGCCAAUUUACUUGAAGCAAAAAUUAAUUGGAAUGAGGAAGACACUGGUUUUCUACAAGGGUAGAGCACCAACUGGACAAAAGUCGGAUUGGAUAAUGCACGAGUAUCGACUGGAAUCAGAUGAAAAUGGGACGCAACAGGAAGAAGGCUGGGUUGUUUGUCGUGCAUUCAAGAAGCGAGCUUUAUCAGUAAGCAAAGGAAGCGAGUUUGAUCAUGAUGGGUCUCCAUGCUGGAAUGGUGACAACCAGUUGCUCUUAAUGUCAUCAAGAGAGUCUCAAUGGAAUGUUAAUGACCACCAUUAUCCUUACUCCUACAAAGAACAAAUGUUAAGUCUUCAACCAUAUGAACCUUACCUCUACCUUCCCCAAUUGCAUAGCCCUAAAUUUCAUGAAAAUGCCCCACUACCAAAUGAUAGCCAAAUGAACCAAACUAACCAAAUUGAUAGAGUUUCAUUUAAUUAUUCCACAACAAUAAAUAAUCCAACUAACGAUGAGCAUGUAAUUGAUUGGAGGAUAUUAGACAAAUUUGUUGCAUCACAACUUAGUCAAGAUGGCACCUCAAGGAAUCCAAUUGAUACAAAUCCAAAAGUAAAUCUUCCAAUUCAUGAGAAGGAAGAGGACGAACAUUCACGUACUAGUGAGGCAACCGGUAUAUGAUGCAUGGUGCGGCCACUUGAACUAAACUGCUACUAAUUGUGUGCAUGAAUCAUUUUGUUAUCUGCAUUGAUUUUGUAUAUAAUUUAUGAUGGUGGGCAACCUUAACUCAUAAUC